AUGGAAAAAAGCAUGAGCAUAAGCACCAGCGCCUCUAUCACCUCCAACGUAAGCGCGACUUCCAUGGAGAAAAUCGAUCAGGCGGCGAGCUGGGUCAGCGCCACCGUCAUCUCCGCUUUCUUCGCCUCCCUCGAGCGCUGCGCCUGCGUCAAUCUCUCCACCUCUCAUGACGACGAAGACGACGACGGCGAGGAGUCCUAUCACCGUCCUCUUGCUCUAUCCGCCGCUCCUCACCCAAACGACAUCGUUUAG